UGGUGGUAUAAAAACCCUAGGAUCAUUAUUUUCUCUGUUGAAGGUCGGCUGGUGCAGCACCACAUCCCCGGACGACAAUGGGUAUUGAUCUGAUCGCCGGAGGUAAGAGCAAAAAGACUAAAAGGACAGCUCCAAAGUCCGAUGAUGUCUACCUCAAGCUUACUGUCAAGCUUUACCGGUUUCUGGUAAGGAGAACUCAGAGCAAGUUCAAUGCUGUGAUAUUGAAGAGGCUAUUCAUGAGCAAAGUCAACAAGGCUCCUCUUUCUCUAUCUAGGCUUGUGGAAUUCAUGGAGGGCAAGGAAGAUAAGAUAGCUGUCUUGGUUGGAACUGUCACUGAUGAUGUGAGGGUACACGAGAUUCCAGCCAUGAAAGUCACUGCCUUGAGGUUCACAGAGAGAGCAAGAGCUCGCAUUGAGAAAGCUGGUGGUGAAUGCUUAACCUUUGAUCAGCUCGCUCUCAGAGCUCCAUUGGGCCAGAACACGAUUCUUCUUAGAGGACCUAAGAAUUCACGUGAAGCAGUCAAGCAUUUCGGUCUGGCUCCUGGUGUGCCACACAGCGACACAAAGCCAUAUGUUCGGCACAAGGGAAGGAAGUUCGAGAAGGCCAGAGGAAAGAGGAAGAGUCGUGGAUUCAAGGUUUAAGAAAGUUGUUGACAUCAUUGAACUUGAUUCUGGAGUAUUGUUGCUUCUUGAUCGCUUUUGUAAUCGGAUUUUUGUUAGACAA